GUUUUCGAGCGCCAUGCGUCGCGACGUCUGGCAAAGUACGUCAUCAAUGGACGGAUGCUCAUCAGCUAAGAAAAAGAUAGGUUCUUAAAAUUGACGCGUUAUGAAAAAAACUGACACGAACACCCCAAUUAAUAACUGUAUUGGAAAAAAUCGUUUCCCAAGUUUAAAUUUGCACACAAAAUUGAACAAUAUAGUUAAACUAUUAUAGUGGAUAAAUACUGUGUUUUCAAUUAAUUUUGUGUUGCGUCUAGUUGAAAGAAAAAGGGAGAAAAGCUACCCAAGUUUUAUUUUAAAUUAACAGGUUACUAUCAACGCUCAACCAGUGACAUCUUCCAAUUGGUCGUCUGAUCCUCUUCCAGAGUGAGCCUCGGCCGUGUUCGGGUGUUAUUGGCUCGGUAAGUCGGGACAGUGGCGGGGGCUCGAAAAGCGACGAGGCGUAGGGCGGCGCCACUGACGCCGACGGCUACGGCAUGCACGCCAAUGUGCAGUGCGACAGAAAUUCUUGGCGACUGCCUCCGGACGAGACCCUGCAGGUUGCCGAUCCGAAGGCCAAGAAGGCCGAGGAGCUAGCACUGCACGAAGACGAAGGUCACAAUUGGUGGUCGAUAAUCUUCUCACUUUUGGUGAUUGGCCUAGUGAUAUCUGGUAUUGUUGCUGCUAUAUUUUUAGUAGGAUACGUUGACGAGCUCCUUUACUGGCAAGGUGAAAGGAUGAAGCUUGAAGAGUAUUUACAGGGUGAAUUAACUCCAAGACGCCUACCUUCGUCAUGGAUAUCUUCCAGUCAUUUCGUUUUUCAAGCCGACGAUGGUAGCCUGUCUAUUUUAGAUACAAAUAAAAAUUUUACCGUUUCGAUUUUAGUCACUAAUCAUACUUUGAGACAAUUAAAUGUAAGGGGAUACCAGUGUUCAAGAAACCUAAAAUAUGUACUAUUUCAACACAACGUUAAAACGGUUUUUAGACAAUCCUUCACCGCGCACUAUACUAUUUAUGAUGUCAAUAGAGAUCAUCAUAUACCUGUCCGAUUGGAAUCCUCACCAAAAGCCCAACCUGAAAGGCUGCAAUAUGUGAGCUGGCUAGGUGAUACUACUUCGUUGCUUAUAGUCUUCAACAACGAUAUUUACCACAGGAGCUCUCCUGAAGAUGAGACUGAUACAAGACUUACGUUUUCUGGUCAACCAGAUGUUAUAUUUAAUGGAAUACCCGACUGGUUAUAUCAAGAGGAAAUAAUUCAACGUCAGGAAGCUCUAUGGGCAUCUUAUGACGGAUCGCAUCUUCUGUAUGCUACUUUCAACGAUUCUGAAGUGGGAAUUCUCAACUUUCCGUGGUUUCAGACCAGCGCUGUGCUAGCCGCAGGAAAAGCUUCCGAUAGACCUAACUCUUUUCCUGGAUCGAAAACUGUUAGAUAUCCAACUCCUGGCACUCCAAUACCUCAAGUUCAACUUUGGGUCGUAGACUUAUCAAAUUUAACAAAUUUAGAAUAUCAUCAAGUGAUACCGCCAAAGGCCUUAGUAGGAGCUGAUUAUUACAUGACAUCAGCUGGAUGGAUAGGUCAAAAAAACACACAAGUAGCCGUGGUCUGGGGUAACCGAGCGCAAAAUUUGAGCAUCGUUUCCGCCUGUCUGUCUCCCAACUGGACGUGCAUCGAGAGUCACACAGAACGGGCUUUAGAAAGAGCCUGGCUCGAAGUACAAGAACAUCCGAUAUUUUCUCCAGACGGCGACAGUUUUUUAAUGUUGGCUCAAGUUCAAGAAGGCAGUAGGGAAACUUAUACUCACAUCAAACAUAUAACGGUUACACAGCAACAUAUCGCUGUCCUCAGCCAUGGCCGGCAUGAAGUAACUAAAAUUUUGGCUUGGGAUACUACCAGUCAUCUCGUAUGGUACCUUGCAACAGAACAACACAAAACCGGCCAAAAACAUUUGUACGUUUCUCAAGAUCCAACCAUAGACGAUCCACGUCGACUAGAAUCGUACUGUAUAACCUGCGAUUUAGGCGAUGUUCUAUGGAGCAGUCGUUUCUUGUAUGGAAAUUGUACACAUUUUAAUGCUGCUGUGAGUCCGCCAAAUGUUACCUACCAUGCACCCUUCUACGUACUCAUAUGUGAGGGUCCAGGUCUUCCAUUGGCUGGAAUGCACAAUUCUACGAGUCACAAGCUCCUGAAAAUACUCUAUGAUACCAGGAUUACGCAAGGAAUAAUAUUGGGAGGCUUGGCGCUACCACAGAAGAGAUCUUUUGAGAUCCCUCUGCCUCAAGGAAAUCUCGCGCAAGUACAAAUUCUGCUGCCUCCAUCAUGGAGGGAGGAGCUGAGAGAUGCAGCAUAUCCUGUUGUUGUUGAAGUAAAUGGUAGGCCAGGUAGUAAAGCAGUUACAGAAGAAUUCGUCAUAGACUGGGCGACUUUUAUGUCAAGCCAUUGUGAUGUUGUUUAUGUUAAGUUAGAUGUGAGAGGAUCAAGAGGACAAACAAAUAGAGCUUUAUACCGUCAGCUGGGCGGCGUUGAGGUACAAGAUCAAAUUUCAGUGAUAGAUUAUUUAGUAAAUAAAGAUCAUAAAUACAACAAAUACUUGGAUAAAACGAGAAUAGGCAUAUGGGGCUGGGGCUAUGGCGGUUACGUUACUUCAAUGGUCCUAGGCAUGGGCAAUCAACAAAAUGUAUUUAAAUGUGGCAUAGCUGUUAAUCCUAUUACUGAUUGGUUGUAUUAUAAUUCAGUAUUCACGGAGCGUAUACUUGGCUUGCCAACAGAAAACUAUAAAGGCUAUGUUGAGGCUGAUGCGACUCAACGAGCCAAAAAUAUUCCUCGAAAAUCCUUCUUUUUACUUCACGGAAUGGCUGAUCUUACAGCUCCUUACGAGCAUAGCGUGCUUCUAUCAAGAGCCCUAACAGCCAAUAAUGUGCUUUUUCGAUAUCAAAGCUAUUCAGACGAGGGCCACGAACUAGUUGGAGUCCUCGAUCACGUCUACAGCUCGAUGCAAAAUUUUUUCGAAGAGUGCCUUAAGCUCGAUACUGAAGAGCGAGAACCCGAACCCACUGAGGACACCUGAAACUGGCUGCGUCACCUGCUGCCCUAUCACAGUCACGUGAGAGCUAUCAAAAUGCUUUUUAAUCGAAGCGAUGUUAGCGAAGGACUCUUAUAGACUGCGAAAUAGAUUUUAUUACUGUAGGAUUUGCGUGAAACUGAACCUGGUGGAGGUUUUCCGAGAGAAUCGAGCAUCAUUUGAUUUAAUAAUAGCAAAUUGUUCCUGAAGUAUUAUUUGCUUUUAUAUUUUCAUCGUCUGAACUGAACUAAAUUGAAACAAUGAUUAAUUGGAAUCAGAAUAAUCGUUUCUACUCAGGUGCCUUGUAACCUAGAUUUAAUACAGUAUAAAAUAAUAAUCAAUCAAUAGGAGUCAAAUAAAAUAUAAAGUACCUAAGUUCAAUAUCUGCCUCAUAGCGAUUGCCUAAAUGUUUGAUUUAGGUUAAAACGCAAAAAAGUCGACAAUUUUAAAGUUUAAUAAAGAUACCAUGCGGAUCUCAAUAUAUGUAUACAAAAAAUAAUUACUGGUUGAAAUAUGAAAAUCUUAGGGCCAUAUUCUCCGUUGUUCAUAAAGCCUGGCUUAGUGGAAACGCUUGGCUUUUUGUGUGACAAAGCCGAGCUAGUGACGUCAUAAAAGUAUCGGCGCUUGACAAUAAUAGACAACCCUCCUUGCUUGUCUGUGUCAAUCGUUCGUCGGCUGUCAUUAUCAUUAGCUGUUUUUUUCCAUCUCUCUACGUUAUAUCUUUCUUCCUCUCGUGUAACGAAACUUCCCAAAACGUGACGCGUCUUUCAAAUCACUCUCCAUUCUCGUCCAAUUAUCAGAUCGCCGCCUACUUCAAAUUGAAGCUCAAAUUUGACUUCUAGUCCAAUUUUUUUCAAAAACUUCAAUCUCAAUUUGCUCAAAGCCUAUAAAUCUGAAAAUAUUGUAAAUAACAGGCCAUUUAGAGGUUAAUAAGAGCUACAAAUGCUAAGAAUUUGAAUGCAGUUUACUCAACGGUUACCGAGCAAUAGAGGUUAGAAUAUUCUGAAAUUAGAAUUCAAUGGGGGUACCCUUCCAGGAAUGUUCGUAGAAUGUCCCAUCAAAUUCGUCUAUUUUAGAAAUGUUUAUAAAAUGUUCCAAGAAUGUUUAUAGAAUGUUUCAGGAAUGUUUCAACAUGUUUUUUUCUUGGAAAAUUUUUAAGAAUAUUCGGGGAAUGCUUAUAGAAUGUUUCGGGAAUGUUCCUAGAAGGUUUCAGGAAUGUAGGUACAUAGGAAUUUUCUAUUUCAUGAGAAUUUCGUGUAAUUUUACAAGAAUUUAUAAGGAUUCCACUGAUAUUUUUAUUAUAGAAUUUUCCAGGAAUGUUCAAAGAAUGUUCAUAAAUUGCACACCAGAAUUCCCUAAAAAUUCUUCCCAAUUCAACUGAAAAUUCAAUUGGUUUCAAAUAAAUUUUCUGUAUUUUCACAAGAAUUUUUUUCGAUUCCAUGUAAUUUCACAAAUUACUUUUUGAUAGUUCAUGAGUAUUUCAAGAGGAC